CGAUUGCGCAGCUUCGAAGUGUCACGACAAACACCAUUCCUCCCCUCUCUAGUUAUUCUCCCUUCAAUCGCUAUCUCAAGCAUACCGUGCUCAAUCCGUCCUCGAGCCCCCGAACUUCCUACCGGUCCAUCGCAUCUCCGCUCGGAGGUUAUCAGCGCAGCUCCGCAUAGCUGUAAACGCCAGACCUCACCUUAACCAGCGCAAUGGGGUCAUUAGGAUCAUAUUUCCUCGAUGUGGUGUACUCGUUCACGAAUUGCAUGGUGUGCUUCCCGGGGUCACCACAGCUCAAGAUCAACAGCCGGAGCUUCAAGAUACUGCGGCUGCUUGGCGAGGGCGGCUUCUCCUACGUCUACCUCGUCCAAGACACCUCCAACCAGCAGCUCUUCGCCCUCAAAAAGAUCCGCUGCCCCUUCGGCCAAGAAAGCGUCUCGCAAGCCCUCAAAGAAGUAGAAGCGUACUCGCUCUUCUCGCCGCACCCCAACAUCAUCCACUCCAUCGAUUACAGCGUCGCAUCCGAUAAGUCGGAUCCCUCGGCAAAAACCGUAUACAUCCUCCUACCGUACUAUCGCCGCGGGAACCUGCAGGACAUGAUCAAUGCGAACCUGGUCAAUCAUACAAUGUUCCCGGAAAAGAGGCUGAUGCAGUUGUUCUUAGGGGUUUGCAGAGCGCUGAAGGCGAUGCAUCAGUAUAAGAUGAGGGCGGGGCCCGGAGGAGCGAAGAGCGAGGGCAAGGCGAAGAAGGUCAGGAAGGAAGCUGCGAGGGCGGAUGCAGAGGCUGCAGAGGCUAUGGAGAUGAGGCCAAGCAGAAGACAUAGGGAAAAUGACGAUGACGAUGACAUCGAGGCAGAGCCGCUUAUGGAGGGUGAGGUCUCGAUGGCCCAGGAGGGUAAAGCCCCUGGGGAAGAGCGCGCGUAUGCGCAUAGGGAUAUCAAGCCUGGCAACGUAAUGAUUGCAGACGACGGCGUAACCCCCAUCCUCAUGGACCUCGGUUCCCUCGCGCCCUCCCCUACGCCCAUAACAUCGCGUUCCCUCGCUCUCCAGGUUCAAGACACUGCCGCCGAGCACUCCACCAUGCCAUAUCGUGCGCCUGAGCUUUUCGACGUAAAGACCGGCUCCGUCAUCGACACGAAAGUCGAUAUAUGGUCGCUCGGCUGCACGCUGUAUGCGUGCUUAGUCGGAAAAUCACCGUUCGAGGCGAGAAGUGAUGAGACGGGCGGUAGUUUGAGCAUGUGUGUGUUGGGCGGGGAUUGGAGGUUCCCGGAUGAGGGUAGGGGGAAGAAGAAGGUAGGGGAGGGCGAGAUCGCCGAGAGUGUGAAGGAGGUGGUCAGGAGGUGUUUGAAGGUGGAGCCCAGCGAGAGGCCAGAUGUGGAUGAGCUCGUCAAGCUCGUAGAAGAAGUCAUUGAUGGUCUGCCGGACGAUGGGUCGGAAGAGUGAAGAGGGGGUUGAGAUAGGAGUUUCGGAAUUUCCCUUGGGCAUCUAAAGAGGUGAUCCUCUUGAAUCUCUUUGUGACACUGUCGUCUUCCGAGGUCACGAAGCGCGGAGUCAUGAAGCAAGGCUGCGCGAUAUGUGACAUUGGGCUGGGAUGAUACUUUCUUGUUCAUGGCAGGACGCGCGUUCUACUGUCCAGAUUAUACCCUUAUUCAAACAGGAUUUUGACAUACAUGCAGUCCU